AUGCCAGAGCAACAAAAAUUUCCAGCUCUUUAUGUCAUUCUCUUCAUCUUUUUCAUCUCCACUGCCACUACAAUCUAUGCAUGCAACGAAGUCGAUCACCACUCACUUUGGUCAUCCUUUGACAUAUCCUCUACUUCUUUAAACUGGUCUUCAAAUGAUUGUUGCAACUGGGAAGGCAUCACUUGUAAUACCGCUGGAAGAGUGACACAUUUGUUGUUGCCUUCCAAAGGGCUCCAGGGAAGCAUUUCUAGCUCUCUUGGAAACCUAACAAAGCUCUCCCACCUCAAUCUCUCCCACAAUUCACUUUCUGGUUCACUUGAACCUGAACUGUUCUUGUCCUUAGAUCAUCUUGAAAUCCUUGAUUUAAGUUACAACCUUCUCACUGGAGAGCUACCCUUGUCUCUACCAUUCAGUAAUAUCCGAGCGGUGGAUAUAUCCAGCAACAGAAUCGAAGGCACCAUUCCAUCUUCAUUCCUCCAGCAUGCCUGGAAUUUGAGCAGUUUAAAUGUCAGCAACAACCACUUGACAGGCCAAAUCCCAUCCUCUAUCUGUCUUCAUUCUCAUUCGGUGAGACUCUUGGAUUUCUCUUCCAAUGGAUUCACUGGAAUAAUUCCUCCUGGACUGCAGAACUGCUCCAAGCUUGAGGUCCUUCGUGCCGGUUUCAAUAAUCUUUCAGGGCCCCUUCCUACUGACAUUUACAAUAUUCCGACGCUUCAAGAAAUUUCAUUACCUUCCAAUAAACUUUCCGGGCCCAUUAGUAACAGAAUUUCCAGUCUUACCAACCUCAUAAUCCUACAGCUCUACUUCAAUAAGCUGACAGGGCCACUUCCUCUCAAUCUUGGGAAAUUCUCCAAGUUGAGGCUCUUGAUCCUUCAUUUUAACAAUCUACAAGGUUCUCUGCCACCAUCGUUGAUGAAUUGCAGAAACCUUACAGAGCUGAAUCUGGGAUUCAACCAAUUGGGAGGAGAUAUCUCCGAGCUUAAUUUCUCCAAACUUACUGAACUUAGUAAACUUGACCUCGUCGGAAAUCACUUCACUGGUACCUUGCCAGUAAGCCUUUACUCAUGCAAGUCUCUGCAAGCACUGCGACUCAGCUCAAACAAUCUAGAAGGACAAAUAAGACCGGAGAUUCUCUCACUGAAAUCCCUGUCUUUCCUCUCCCUAGCUCAAAAUAGACUGACCAAUGUCACAGGUGCAAUGCAGAUAUUGAUGGGCAGCAAAAGCCUCACGGUACUCAUUCUGUCACAUAACUUUGUAGGUGAAGAAAUGCCAGAUGGAGACAGAAUGAUUGAUUCUGCAUUCCAGAACCUUCGGGUUUUUGGAUUAGCCGGGUGCCAAUUUACAGGUCGAAUACCCUUAUGGCUGUCAAAGCUGAAGAAUCUUGAAGCUCUGGAUCUAUCAUCUAAUAGAAUCACUGGCACGAUUCCUGCUUGGUUAGGGACUCUUCCAAAUUUGUUCAUGAUCAGCUUGAAUAAUAACUCACUUUCAGGUGAAUUUCCAAAGGAGCUUUGCAGAUUACAAGCAUUGGUAUCAGCACAAAAGGCUGCUUCUCAAACAGGCCAUGGAUAUUUUGAACUGCCCAUCUACUCCCAACGCACUAAUGCAUCAGUAACUGCCUUGCAGUACAAGUUUCUGUCCAAUAUGCCAAGAGCAAUCUACAUCAGAAACAACAGUCUAACUGGAAGCAUGCCUUCUGAGAUUUGUCAGUUGCAGCUUCUUCAGGAGCUGGAUCUUAGCCUCAACAACUUGCAUGGAGAAAUACCAUCAAGCACUCAGCUCCAGAGCUUCAGUGCCACUGCCUUUGAGGGAAAUCCAGAACUUUGUGGCGCACCGCUUCCAAAUAAGUGCCAACAGAUGACCAAGAGUUAUACAGAUGAUAGAAUUGGAGAAGCACACAAGGACAGUGAAAUCCCAUGGUUUCAUAUAUCUCUGGUUCUUGGGUUCAUUACAGGAUUUUGGGGAGUUUGUGGACCUGUACUGUUGAGCGAGUCAUGGAGAUAUGCAUAUUUCCAAUUUUUGUACAAGGUGAAAGAUCAGUUCAUACAAUGUGGCAGAAAGUAG